AUGCCUCCAACGCAACUCUCUCAAUUCACCUACCGAUCCCCGCCAACUCCAUCACCUACCCCUAUCCCCCCACCCUCGCCCACCUUUGAAGACUGGUGGUCCGCCCAACUGAAGCAGCACCCGUUCCUGUCCCCGACCUUCGACCCCUGGCGCGCCACGGUCCCCGUCCUCCGCCGCUCCCUGACCACGCUGGGCUUCCCCACGACGCCGGGCGCGCGCAAGCCCGCCCUCGUCCGCGCCUUCGAGGACAGCGCCCCGCUCCUCAUCCCCCAGUUCGAAGCCAACCUCAAGGCCUGCUUUCCCCCCUUGCCGCCACAGCCGCUGCGGCCACGGGGCAUCAAGCGGUCUAGAGGGAAACGCGACAACGACCAAGGGCAAAGACAAGAGGAGGAGAAGGAGGCAGAGGAGAAUGAGGGAACAAAAACGCAGCUGGAGCUAAAGAGACAGAGGCUGGCGAGGCUGAACCGCGACGAGUUGGAUGAUUUGGUGCAGCUUCGUGAUGACAUGCGGGCGGCCGAGAAGCGGCUCGAGUUGAGCAUGCGGGAGUUUGAGAGCGUGAGGUGGAAGGUGCAGCGUCUGAUGGACGAGUUGAAUAGGGGUCUGGUUGGGCUGGAUGACGCGAGGGCUAAAUGUGCCGAGUGGGGGAAGAAUCCAAGCCGGUUUCUCAUCAAACCAAGCAGCAGAAAAAAGAAAAUGCCCAACACCAGAUCCAACGCCAUGCCCUCUCCUUCCAAAGCCCUCACCGAGUCCGAAUACUGGGACGAGCAGUGCGCGAGCUACCCCUUCCUGGCCGACGACUUUGACGCGACCAAGCUCCGGGUGCCCGUCCUGCGCAACACCCUCGGGGCCCUCGACAUCGACUUCCCCAGCAACGCCCGCAAGGCCGAGCUCGUUCAGCUUUUCAACGACCACUCGGCCGGGCCCAUCUCGGCAUUCAGGGAAUACGUGCGCAAGGGAUACGCCGACUUUGCCGCCAAGGAAGAGGAGGAUGAGAGGAAGAAACGCAAAGAAGCAGAGAAGCAGACGACCGAGGAUACCGAGGCAAGAAAAACCAAAACCCCAGCCGCCGUCGCCACCGACGACGCCCCGCCGCCCGCGCCAGACGAGCCCGCCACCCCCGAUCCCGAGGAAGCAGCGGCACACCACACCCGGCUCUGGGUGUCGGGGGCGCUGGGCCCGCUGAGGCAGGAAAAGGUCUCUGAGCUGUACGGCAGCCUGCUGCCGCUGGCGGGCAUCGACCCGCAGGGCCACGACGAGGGCAUGCAGUGGCCCGUCGAGGACGUCGUGCGGGUCCUGGGCAGCGCCCCGUUCGAGCGCCGCUUCAAGGCCAUCUCUGCCAUGCUGGACCUCGAGCGCGACCGGCGGGAGCGCGGCGAGCAGCCCGACACCCCCGUGUACCCGCGGCCCCCGCCUGGUGGUGGUGACGGUGGUGAGGCCGGGGCCUCGGCGGCUCGGAAGCGCAGGCGCAGGGACGCGGUGCUCCAGGCGGCCAAGCGCGUCAAGGUGACGCCCGAGGAGGACGCGGCCUUCCGCAAGCUGCUGCAGCAGGCCAGGACGGCGGCGUUUGAGGAGCUCGAGGAGGCCGCUAUGGAUUUUGACACCUCCAAGAAGGCGUGCCUGAACGAGAUUGAGCUCAUGACCGACGCCGUCGAUGAGAUGAGGAGGAACUGGACCCUUUUGCGCAACGCCGGAACGGACGUGGAGGAGUUGAUCGACGAGUUUUCUCAGGUUGAGGAUUAA